UUGUGAAAGCAAUAAUUGUCUCUUUGUUUUAUGUAACUGUGGUGUAAAUAAUUGUACGCUGGAGUCAUUUAGGAAAAUGUUUUUAUUUUUUAUUUUUAGCUAGCAGCAAGAAUGGCUAAUUUGCUAUGUUCGUUGGCUAAUAGUCAGUCUUGUAUGUUUCAGUUUACGAUGGCCAAGGUGAUGGCAGUGGUCAGAGGCCACUCUUCAAUAAACAAAUAAAAAAGAAAGAAGUUUGGUUAUUGGAGCGUUGCUGUCUGGCUGUCUAGCUGCUGAAAACUCGAGGACGGAGGUUAGGACAGCACAGCAAACAGCAAACUCUGUAAAAUGCUGAGAUAUCCAGAGGUCACUAACAUGGUCCAUUCCUGAAUUCUCACAAAUCAGAUAAAGGUUUCAAAAUCACAAACAAGGUUUUAGGUAUUCUACAUUUAGUGUAAAUCAGUACAUGUUUGAAGAGUCUAAUGACUUAAACCAGAGCACAUUAAAGAUGCCCAAGGUAGUGAAGAAUGAGAUGGGAUAUCCUGUUUUUCUGUUUCCCGAAUUGGAAGCUAUAAUUGAAAGCUAACUUCACUUCUGUUCAAUGUUAUGUAAAUACAGUAUGCCUAUGCUUGGUGUCACGUUGGGCUACAGUAAACUCUGUCAAAAGAACACAUGUCAAUGCAUUUCAUGAAUGUUAAUGAUAGUGCAAUCCUCCAUAAACAUCUACUCCUAAUUCUUUGGUUGAUGACUGUUAUGUAAAUAGAAGCAACAUGCAGCACAGUUAUAACUUAACAUCUUAUGUUACCUUAAGAAAUCAUUUCAGAGAAAAAUUCAUAGUGAUAACUAACACUGAGAAAUUUGAUUAAAACACUAAAAACCUUUACAAAUACCUUAACCAUUACCAAUAAUCACAACCAAUAAUCACAUCAGUGUGUUGAGUUGGGCUAACAUGCACUAUUAUCUAGAAGCCACAGUAAUUGAUUUUAUUAUUGGCUUGCAGGCAUCCUCUUGUGCCUGUGCAAGAUCAACAACAUGACAAUGAAGCCUCUAUUACCGGUUUUAAUUCGCAAAGUUAUUUUUAGAAUUCUUUCCAAGCAACCUAGUGAUGCAUUUAUGCAACUUGACACAUUGCUGUCUGUAUUAGUCAUAAUCAGUAUGUGAAUCUAAACACUUGAGCUGACUGAUUCAAGUGUUUACAUGAAUAAAAUUAACGAAAGGUAUUAAAGAGCAGAGAGGAGAAGAUUAAAUAAAUCACAGCCCAUCUCUCUCUCAAAUGUUAGAUAAUGCUCAGGAGGUACAAUGCUUUGCAAAAGUCUAUACCCCUUGAACUUUUCUACAUUUUUGUCUUGAUAGAACCACAAAGUGGAAUGUUCUGCACAGAAGUGUCCCAAUUAUCGGACAAUAAAGUAUAUUUCUAUUCUAUGAUUUUAGGUGGUGGGCAAACACAAACAAGGUAAAACAGAAUUGUAAAUCCGAGGGAAAAAUGAUUUUUAAGAAUUGAUACUUUCAAUCACCUUCGAUGUAAAUAUCUGCUGCUUAUCUUUUGCUGUGUCUCUGUCAAAUUUCCACAUAAAAAGGCAUACAUUAAGGCCUAUUGUUCUUUGCAAAAUUGUUCAAGGUAGGGCAUCCACCAUGCUUAGGUUUUAUAAUACUUGUUCACUAAUACUCUCUAGCAAACCUCUGAGGCCGUCAUAGAACAUUUUGUUUAUAGCAAACUGAGGUUAAAUAACUGUUUACUAUAGGGUCCCUUAUGGAGGCAGUUGAUUGAAAAUAUAUAUAUUUUUAGGAUUAUCAAAGAAUUGGAGAUUAAUCUCUAAAGCAAUGGAAACCUUUUAGAUUUUUAUUUUUUUAGUUUAAAAACAAAAUCAAAAACCAUGUGAAUUUACUUUUCUCAACUUCCAAACUAUUUGGCAAUUUCUGUUGGGCUGCCGUAAAAUUCUUUUAAAAUGUAUUAAGGUCUGUGGCAACAAAAUGGGAACAAUUCUGAGAAACUCAUGGUCAAAGCUUCUGGUUUUGCAGCUGAGUGUGAUGUCUGAGACCAUGGAAACAGGAAUUGCACCAUGUGUUUUUGGUGGGAGACUAGAGAACAAGUAAUGACGUUCACAGCAAGAAGUGAGAGAUGGACAGAUGAACUAAAAACAGAUGAGUUUUGCAUAUGUGGUGACAGAUAAUGUGAGUUGGCAAUGUGGUUAUGGCUCAGAAGGUUCAAAUGAAAGAUAAUACUGUAGCUGACUAUGGCAUUCAUUUGUAUAUACAAUCAUAUUAAAUGAGACAUGUUUCUUAUCAGAAGUACCAUUUGAAAUGAAUCGCCUCCAAGCAGUUAUUAAACAUACUUUUAAGAGGUGUUGUAUGAGCGGAUGCAAUCUAAUGUUAAAUCUUGUGUUUACACUUGCUGUAGCAGACAAUAAUAAAAACAAAACAGGAAGAAAGAAUUGGAAUUAUCAGUCUGUGUGCAUUUAAUUGAAAACAUGUUUCACUUACUAAUCUGAGUUUCAAUAAUCUAACUUAUUUAAUGGAUCUCUACAUACAGUAGUUUGUUUCAUUUUUCUCAUUUUAAAUGUUUAUAUUCUAGGCUAAUUCUUUACAGACAGACAGUGUAGGAACAAAAUCUAUUUUUCAAGGACAAUAAUAAAAAAGAAAUUAAGAGUAGGGUAAAAUAAACAAAUACCAUGCAGAAGCAAGUUUGAUAUGACUUCAGCUGUAUGAAAUAUGAAAGGGAAAUAUGUAUGGUGAGAUUAUAAAUGUGUGGCUUUAAACCACUACAGUGCUGGUUUGCACACACCGUCUCACAAGUCACUGUAGAUAGUAAAGUCAAUUAAUUCGUUUGUAACUAAUAUUACAUGAUUCAUUAGUAAUAUUAGCUAAUAUGAUUAUAUUUUUUAUAAUACUAAUGUAAAAGUUUUAUUGUGCAAACAAAAUUUUAAGCAAUGGUUGCAAGACAGGCUAAAACCGAAAAAAAUAGAAGAAGCUGCUGCAGCUAAGGACUUCCUCUAAAAGCUUCGCAAGAGUGAGAUGAAUGAUAAGUGGAAGACUAUGAUCUAACUCUUAGUCAGGCUCGGCAUUAGAACCUCACUCCAUCAACUUGCAACAUGAAUCAAUCAGACUCAAAGAGCACCACGGAUACUGAUAUUGAAGAAACGAUUUACACUUUGGUGGAGGUUCUCAUUGCAGUAUGCUGCUGUCUUGGGAAUGCAAUGGUUGUUUUGGCUCUGUGGAAAACAAAAAGCAUCCAGCAACCCACCUACUGCUUCAUUGUGUCUCUGGCUGUGGCUGACUUUCUUGUUGGAGCUGUGGCCAUACCGUUGUCUGUGCUGGUGGAUGGCCGAGUGAAAACUUCAUUUCACACUUGUCUUUUCAUCAGCUGUGUGGUGAUCCUGCUAACCCUAGUUUCGGUUCUCUGUUUGACGGCCAUUGCUUUUGAUCGUUAUCUUCGACUCUCUCGCCCUUUCUGGUACAAAAGGACUGUCACCUGGAAGUAUUCAUAUUCUGUGGCUGCUGCAUGCUGGUUUAUUGCAGUACCACUGAGUUUUACUCCAAUGUUUGGCUGGAAUGAAGGACUGAAGACGUUUAAUUCCUCUGAUAAAUGCAUGUUUGUGAAUGUGAUCACCUUAAAUUAUCUGGUCUACUUUAACUUUUUUCUCUGCACCUUAACACCACUGCUGGUGAUGACUGUAUUGUACGCCUAUGUUUUCUGCUACAUUCGAGAAAAUCUCAGAGAGAAACCAGGCAACGGUGCCCAAAACCAGUCAAAGAACUACCUAACGAAAGAGAAACAGCUGGCGUCAUCUCUUGCUCUUGUCUUGGCUCUGUUUGCGCUGUCCUGGCUUCCACUUCACAUUAUGAACUGCAUCUCUUUAUUCACAAACCAUGCAAAUAAAAUAGCUUUUCAUAUCGGCAUCUCUCUUUCUCAUGCUAAUUCCGCAGUAAACCCUGUCGUGUAUGCAUUUAAAAUAAAAAAGAUAAAGAGAGCAUACAUACACAUCUGGAAACGAUAUACCUAUUGUGAAGCAGAAAGUCAAGGAUCUCAGAGCAGCAAGUCUGAUGUUAUGCUCAGCUGCAACAAUAUGAGUGAGACCAAUCAAAGCUAAAGAAGUUUAUCUGUGAAAAUGUUGAAGCCUUUUUUAUUCUAAUACAUGAUUUUUAUUAAUGCUGAUAAUGAUGGCGUAAAUAGGAAUAGCAAUUAUGUAUAUAUGAAUAUGUUUUUAUUGAUGCUAAUGACAUUAAUGUAUGGGCUGUAUUGCUGUGUAUAUAAAUACUUCUUAAUCGUGACAAUAUUGGUAUGUCUAUGGUAUCUUCAUGUAAAGGUAUCUUCUCUUCUUGAAUUUCUUCAGAUGUCUAUUAAUGUGCUUAUCUAUUUGUAUUGGGGUGUGAUGUGAAAUGAAAACAUUUUUCUUAUCUAAAGAAUGUCGGUUUUGCAAUGCAACAUCGUAGAGAGUUUAUGCAUUCCUCUGAAUGGAUUAGGACUGAAGGUGCAGAAUUUGGUACACAAUAGGAAAAAAUGCUGCCAAAGCAAGAGAAACCUGCUUAACAAACAUGUUUAUUUUGUCUUUUGAAGCACUGUCAUCAAAUAUUAUGGUGAAUGCUGAAGUGCAAUGUUGCAAUGUUAAGGUUUGCAUCUCAUUAAGCUUCCCUUUUAUUGUUCAAAAAGAAAUGCACUGCACAAUCUGGAACUGCAUUAUUUCUAAACAGAUCUUUUAGAACGCAUUUCAUGAUUUGUAAAACCUGUGUUUUAUUUACGACUGAUAAUUGUAAAGGUCUUAUUUGGUCUUCAGAAAUUAUGUUGUAAGUGAUAUAAGAUUCAUAGCAUAACAAUAAGUUUUCAUGGGACAGAAAGUAAAUGGAUUGUUGAAAUUUGGAUCUAAUCUCAAGUGAUUAGAUCAAAUCAGAAUCUCAGUUUGAUUAUUUUUCACCACUCUGUGAAAUUACAAUAUGUGAAGCCACACAAAUGACAAUUUCAUAGCAACAGAACUGAGAAAAGUUACUUGCCCUUUGCAUAUUUCUUCUUUUUUUGUUCCAGUUCAUUAAGCAAUGUUGUGCAUCAACCAAAUAUAACAAGGGUAAUGUAUGUUGUCUGAACAAAGAUAUCCACAAACCUGGUCAUAUAUAAAAAAAAGUAAGUGCUCUCUUGCUGAGUUAAAUUUUAUAAAUCACAUCCAAGUCUGAUUCCUGUAGAACCAUAAAACUACUGAAAGAAAAUACGUCUGAACACAUGAAGUGUUGAGAUGUGUUCUCAGAAAUGAAUUAUUUAUUGCCUGAUCUAAAGAAAUCAAAGAACAGAUGAGAACCAGAGCCACACCUAUGAGCCUGGAACGCAGGGACGUGCAGAGACCUUUGGAGGGGCAGGGGCUCAAAUUUAAAAAAGGGGCAGAUUGAACAAAAACUCCAUAC